UUCCACUCCAUUAACAGACAGAUUCCCUUUAUUCCCCAUCCUGCACAAGGGAAAAGAGAGCAAAAAUGACCAUCCCCAUCCUCCCCGAUCUCCCCGCCCACCAACACGCCGCCAUCCGCCAUGGAGCCGGCGAAUCAGCCACCACGAACAUCGCAACCAUCCCCAUCGACCAGCCCGGCCCGGGCCAAAUCCUCGUGAAAAUCACCUGGACCGGGCUCUGCGGAUCCGACAAGUCGCUGCUGCACGACGAGUGGUCAGACUUCGGCAUCACCAUGAUGGAGCAAACGAAGGGGAUCGCGGGCCACGAGGGCGCCGGGGUCGUCGUCGCCGUGGGCGAGGGGAUGCAGCGACGGUGGAAAGUGGGUGACCGCGCCGGCGUCAAGUGGAUUGCUGCGACGUGCGGGGAGUGCGAGUUCUGUCUGAAUGGCGUCGAUGAGGUGCAUUGCGUCAAUCAGGUGAAUAGUGGGUUUUCGGCCCCCGGGACCUUUCAGGAAUACUGUCUUGCCGAUGGGAGGUAUACGUCGAGGAUUCCGGAGGGGGUGAAGGAUGAAGAGGCGGGUCCGAUUAUGUGUGGCGGUGUGACGGCUUAUACGGCUUGUAAGAGGUCUGCGGUUCAACCUGGUCAGUGGAUUGUUUUGCCCGGCGCCGGGGGUGGACUCGGUCAUUUGGCGAUUCAGUAUGCACGCGCGAUGGGCAUGCGUGUCAUUGCGAUUGACGGAGGGGAGCAGAAGCGAGAGCUGUGCAUGAAGCUCGGCGCGGAAGUGGUCAUUGACUUCACGACGACGAGCGAUAUUGCGGCUGAGAUCAUGACGGUCACGAAGUAUGGCGCGCAAGGCGUCAUUGUCACGGCGGCUACGAAACAGGCGUAUGCACUGGCGCCGACCUUCCUGCGACCGAAUGGAACGGUGGUGGUGGUGGGACUGCCCAAGGAUGCAUCGAUUCUGGCGGGCGCACCGCCGCUGUUGAUGGCCCUGAAGAGGCUGAACAUCGUGGGAAAUAUCACCGGGAGUUUGAAGGAUGUGGAAGAAGCGCUGGACUUUACAGCGCGGGGAAUUGUCCAUCCGGUUCUCUCCAAAGGGAAGCUGGAAGAUCUGAACUCGUGGAUGGAGAAGUUGAAGAACGGUCAGCUGGCUGGUCGGGCGGUCUUGCAGGUUGCUGCAUAAUCUGGCUUGGGUCAUGUUUAGCGAGGCGUUGUCGAUGUCAACAGGGGAGAUGGAGUUGCAAGUGAGGGAUGAUGUGAUUUUGGUCGGGUGGGAGUUGCUAUGAGUGACCUGUAGAAUGGCCGAUUAUGUCUUUUGAAAUGGCUAUGAAUGUUUAUCCUAAAGACUCG